AUGCCGCCACACUUUGGCGGCCCGAAGAAGCGUCGUCGCGAAGGCUACAACAUCGAUGUGAAACUCGUGGAGAUCUAUGAAGACCUGGCCAGCGAGAAAGACGAGAUUCGGCUCAAGGCUGCACAAAGCCUUGUGUCGCAAUUCACACCCGACCAGAACCCCACCGAUGAACAGAUUAAGAAGGUGCUGCAGAGACUCUUCCGCGGUCUCUGCAGUAGCCGCAAAGCAGCUCGAAUUGGAUUCUCCAUUGCCUUGACCGAGGUCCUCACUCAGGUCUAUUCUACUCCGCGCGACUCUACGGAGUUCAAGCUGUCGGAUGCCCUUCAACUUUGGCAGGUCCAAACCCAUGCGAGCGGUGGCGAGUCAGGACAGGAACAGCGCGACCAUCACUUCGGCCGUCUGUUCGGUGCCGAGGCAAUAAUUAAAUCUGCCGUUCUUUUCCAACCUGACGUUCCCUUCGAGUAUUGGACCAAGGUCCUCAUCCUGAUCUUCGACCUUGCCCAGACCAAGCCAUGGAUCCGAGAGGAAUGCGGUUGGAUUCUCUAUCGCUGUGUAUAUGACCUGUUUGCUCGCGAUAUGGAUGCCAAGUUUGUGGAGGCUAUUUUGGAGGGCCUGCGCACUCAUGAGUUGGCUCGGUCGCCGGAAGGUGUUGCGGUCUGGCUGGCUGCCAAGGACAUGUUCCCCAAGGUCAACUAUCCCAGCAAGAUAUGGAAGCACGAUGACCCGCUGGACACAAAAGAGCGCAAUAGCUUGUCGAAGAUCAUGAAGGAGUCUUCUGCAGAGGAAGCGCAAGGCGAGAACAAAGCCAAGUCUUCUGGUGUCUGGAAUUCCAAGCUUCACUUUGCCUGGGAUGCGGUCAUUUCACGAACCGGCGAGAGCGGCCAGUCGAAGUCGAAAUCCUCUCGUCUGUCUUUCAGUGAUUUCUGGACCGAAGUUGUGGACAACGGUCUGUUUGCCUCUGCCUCGUCCGACGAACGCAAGUACUGGGGCUUCCUUUUGUUCACCAAGGUUUUGAACGAAGGUUCGCCCGAGCAGGCAUCUCACAUUUUUACCAAGAACCUGGUCCGUUGCUUGACAAACCAACUUGCCGUUGAAGAUCGCUACUUGCACCGCAUGGCCGUCAAAGCCGCCAAGGCAAUUCAAACCCGCGUAUCCAAGGAGCCUGGUUUUGCAUCUGCAGCAGUUAGCGGUCUUAUGGGUAGCAGCGGCGCAGUCAACUUCGACCAGGCCACUAAGACAAAAACCAUCGAGAAGAUCGUAGCGGAUGCCAACCGCGAGGCCUUGGAGGAUAUCGUUCCUCUCUUUGAAAGGCUCCUCAACCGCCCGGAGGCAAGUGACGAGAAGCUUGCGGCAUCAAACCGCCAGUUCAUUGCUGGCCUCCUUCUCUCAGUGGUGCGCGGAAAGGCUGCCACUGGGAACAGUGACGACUCCGAAAAUGACUUCCAGUCAACUCUGGAGCAGAUUCUGUCUAUUCUCGUGCGCUUUGCAUACUUCCCGAACACCAGUAACACCUCUUCUGCCCCUCAACCUGCCCUCUCCCAGGCGACCCAGGAGAUGCUGCGCAACCGUAUCAACUCCUCAUUGAACAGUCUCCUUACAUCGCAGACCUAUGCCUCGACAAUCCCUUACGCAAUCGUGAAGCAAAUCCGUGAUGCCGCCAAGUCUGAAGAAUAUGGCAGAUUCAUCAUCAACAUUGAUGAUAAGAUCCAGGAGUCCGUGAAGACUGCUUUCAAGUCACUGAAGAAGCUAUCUGCUAAGGAAAAAAAGGGCGACACAUCGGGCAUUUCCGCUUUCAAGCUUCUCUACUCCAUGACAGUUCUGCAGGUGUACAAUGGUGACCCCGAUGCCGUGUCGAUGCUUGACGAGCUCGAGUUCUGCUAUUCUAAGAUCAUGGAUGACGAGGACUCGGAGGACGCCUCUGACGCAUCAGAUGCGCUUGUUGAAAUUUUGCUCAGCUUUGCUUCAAAGCAGUCACAGCUUUUCCGUCGCAUGAGUGAGCAGGUCUUCGGUGCGUUUGCUGAUCAGAUAUCCGAGAACGGCCUGGAGUCGUUGAUUUCUAUCCUCGAGGCAAAGGAGAGCCUUGCCGGACAGCAGGAAAUGUUCGAAGACCAAGACGAAGGUGAAGAAGAGGAAGAGGAUGACGAUGUCGAAGAAAUUUCAGAGGGAGAUGAAGACAAGAUGGACGUAGACAGCGACGUCGAAGUCGUUGAAGCAAGUGAUGACUCUGAAUCCGACUCGGAUGAUGAAGAGCCCUCAGAUGACGACGAGGAAGACGCUGCCGAAGUCGCCGAUUUCGAAGCCAAGCUUGCCGCCGCACUUGGUACCCACCUCGCAGACAAAGAUGGGAACACAUCUGACACCGACUCGGACGCCGACAUGAACGAUGACGAAAUGGACGCUGUCGAUGAGCAACUAGCCAAUGUCUUCCGCGCCCGCCGCCAAGUCACAUCCCAGCAAAAAGAUAAGAAGGGCGCGCGCGAGAACAUGGUGAACUUCAAGAACCGUGUCCUCGACCUCCUCGAAAUCUUCGUCAAGAAGUGCCACUCCCGCGUCUUGGCCCUGGACCUCCUCCUCCCUCUCCUCCGUCUUUCGCGUCGUUCCUCCGUGAAGCAGAUCGCCAACAAGGCUAACAGUGUGCUCCGCGAGUACACCAAGCUAUGCAAGGGAUCUGCCGUCCCCAAGAUCGAAGGCGAGACCGAGCCUGUUUGGGAGCUGCUCCGGUCCAUCCACAAGGAAGCGGCACACAGUGGGCCUCAGACUCAUGCGGCUGCGGCUAGCCAGGCUAGUUUGCUUGUUGUGAAGGUCCUCGUUGCACAUGACAAGGCUGAUAUUGCUGGCGUUGUCGAUGUGUAUGGCGAGACACGGAAGGCUCAGCUCUGCAGUACCAAGUGCCAUGUUCAGCCUUCCUUCUUUACGGAAUGGAACAACUGGUGUGUUUCGGCGAGCAAGCAGCUCAAAAACUGA